AUGGGCUCUCUUCGCUGGCCUCGGAGCUCUCGGCAGCCCUGCAGUGCUGCUGGGUCUCUUUGGGGCUGGGCAGUGGCAAGGCUGCAUCUGGACUGGACAUCAAGGUUCUUUCAGGAGGAUGAGGAGAUGCUGAUUCUGACCCACAGUGAUGAGUUGAACAGAACCUAUGGCGAGGACAGCAGAUUGCCUUUUGACAACAUCGCAAACCAAGAUAACACAAGCUCCGAUGACACCAGAAGAAAUAGAACCUCGUUUCGAAGAAACGGACAGUUUCAGACUGAGCAAGAUAAUCCCAGUGUCCCAGAAUCCACCAGCACCUCGCUGCAGGAGAGCCCGGCUUUUAAAGAAACCAGAGCGACUGUAAUCUCCACUGGACCCAGAACCAUUACCAUAACUUCAACGGUUUCCACUGCAGACUCCUUCUGGUUCAAAAACACCAACGGUUAUGGCAAAGGAAGAAGAUCCUCGGAGAUGGACGCUGACAAGAUGGGAAGCAACAGUGAGGAGAACCAGAGUUUCAAUCAGAGCCAAGGGAACAAGAUGGGAUCCUGCAGGACGUUUAGAGGGAAUACGAAGAAACAGAGACUUUCUGAGGACGGAGAGGAAACUGUGGAGGGGACUUCUCAGUUCUGUAGCAGCCUUGAUGAAGAGAGGAGGAUGAGGAGGAUGAGUUUGGUUAAUCCAGUUCAGAGCCCCAAUACCGGCUGCAGAAGCGUGAAUCCCACUCUCACCAUCACCGCCUGGGAGGCUGGAUGGAACGUCACAAAUGCUAUACAGGGGAUCUUUGUGUUGGGUUUACCCUUCGCCCUGGUCCAGUCAGGUUAUGUGGGUCUUGUUCUGCUGGUUCUGUCCGCCUGGUUCUGCAACCACACCGGGAGGAUUCUGGUGGCCUGUCUGUAUGAAGAGGAACAAAGCGGAGGCUCGGUGUCAAUGGUCAGAGUCCGACACAGCUACCAGGACAUAGUGGAAGCCGGCUGCAAAGGACUGUGGCCCAACUGGCCUGCUCUGGGGGGGUGGAUGAUUAAUGUAGCUCAGGUCAUUGAGCUGUUGAUGACCUGCACCCUGUAUCUGGUCGUCUCCACCAGUCUGUUGUCUGACUCAGGGAUGGCUGUUCCUAGAUCAGUGUGUUCUCUGGUGUCUCUGGUGUUCCUGCUGCCUUGCCUGCUGCUGACUGAUCUCAGACCAGUCUCCACCCUCAGCCUGCUGUGCUCCCUGGCACACAUACUGAUCAGCCUGUUGGUCAUGCUGUACUGUCUGAGUCGAGCCAGCAGCUGGUCUUGGUCCAGUCUGUCUCUGUCUGUGGACCCGGAGGACUUCCUCGUCUCCGUGGGCGUCAUCAUCUUCUCCUACACCUCUCAGAUCUUCCUCCCUUCUCUAGAGGGCAGUAUGGAGGACCGAGGGCAGUUUAACGCCAUGCUGGGGUGGACUCAUGGAGCCGCCUGCAUCAUGAAAACUCUGUUUUCUUUACUGGCUGUGCUGACCUGGGGGACAGAGACCAGUGAGGUCAUCACAGACAACCUGCCCUCUGACCUUCGACCUCUCGUCAACCUGAGUCUGCUGGCUAAAGCCCUGCUGUCCUACCCUCUGCCAUUCUACUCUGCUGCUGAAAUACUACAAACCUGUCUGCUUGGAGAUGUCUCAUCCCACUCCAAACAUGGAGGUCGAGGCGUGUCUCGUACGGCCCUGUUGGUCCGCACCGCCUUGCUGAUGACAUCCUACCUACUGGCCCUGCUAGUCCCCAGGUUCUCCCUGUUGAUGGGCCUGACAGGCAGCGUGACCGGGUCGGUCAUGACACUCAUACUGCCGUGCCUCCUUCACCUGAGACUGCAGUGGGGCCGCCUCACUGUAGAGGAGCGGCUGAUAGAUGUGUGCAUCCUGAGUCUAGGAGCCAUCUGUAGUGUGUCUGGUGUGAUCUGUUCAGUGAAAAGACUGGUGGGAGGAAUGUAG